UGGAAAGGGAACUAAAGGAGAAGGAAGAGAAAGAAAAGAUGGAAGGGGACCAGAAACUGAAGGAGGAGAAGGAAAAGAUGGAAAGGGAACAGAAACUGAAGGAGGAGAGAGGGAAAGCGGCAGAGGUGGACAAAAAGGUCGCAGACGAGCCUGAAGAGAUGGGAAGACAACCGGAUGAAAAAGAAGCAUCGACACCUGCCGAGGAAGAGAAAGAGGGAGGUGAGGAAGACAUGUUGGAGAAAGCUGGGGCGGCGGCAAUAAAGGAUAUCCAAGAGACCCGUGCCGCCAUAGAGUCCGUGGUGACGGUUGAAGACGAUUUCAUCACUGUGGUCCAGACCAUCGACGAGGCAGAGGAGCCCGGACACAGCGUCCGCUUCUCGGCUCCGCCCGCUGGCGAAGCCCUCUGCGUCGCUGCCGAGAAGGAGCAAGAGGAGGAAGAGGAGGAAUCCGUGGAGCUGGCCCAAGAGGCUGACAUGGAGGCUGCCAGUCUAGAGGAAGUGAGUGACGUUCCCGAGACCCCCGCCUCGCCCGAGAAGGAGGCUCAGACCAUAGAAACCGAGGACCCGACAGAAAGCUACGACAGAGACGAGACCACCAUGGACGACUCCAUCCUGGACAGCUCCUGGGUUGACACACAAGAUGAUGAUAAGAGUACGGCAACAGAGCAGAUUGAGCCUUUGCCCAAGGGGCCCAGCCCAGUCAAAAAGCCCGGUGUGAACAAGCAGACACAACAGAAGAAGCCAGAGAAACAGGAGAAGCCCUUCAAACCUAAGGCCAAGGGCGGGCGCGCUCGAGGCCGGGUCUCCACACCAGAACGCAAACAAGUCCGCAAGGAGCCCGUCUGCAUCCCCAGAGAGGAAGUCAAGAAGAAAAAAGCCGUGAUAAGGAAGACCGAGCUGACCCAAAAAAUGGAGAUUCAAUAUCAGUCCCCAUCCAAGAGGACUGCGAUGCGCUCCACCCAGCACCACUCCUGCCCCCGGAGGAGAAACACAGAGACCCUGCCAGACGGCCGUCAGCCCCUCAGUGUUGCGAGACAGUCCCGUGACAGAGCCUCGGAUGGUGGAUCAAGGAGCCCGGACAAGAAGUCUCUCCCACGGCACGCCUCUAUCCUGAGUCGCCGUGGAUACCAUGACCAAGAGGAGAGUUCCACCUCCAUCACCAGCUCUGGCUCCACGGCUCCCCGUAGACCCACAUCGUUUCGCACUGACAUGAGGGCGGAGCACAGGACAGGGCGAGCCCCUAGUAUGACAGUUACAGAAUCCAUACGCUCCCGUUCAGCUCGCAGUGGCCACUCCACCCCCCGCACUCCCGGCUCCACAGCCGUCACCCCGGGCACCCCUCCCAGCUACUCGUCCUCCUCGAGGACCCCCGGAACCCCCCGCUCCCUCAGCUUGAUCUCCCAGGAGAGGAAGGUGGCCGUGGUCCGCACCCCGCCCAAGUCACCCGCCACAACACCCAAGCAGCUUCGCAUCAUCAACCAGCCACUGCCUGACUUCAAGAACAUCAAGUCCAAAAUCGGCUCCACGGAGAACAUCAAGUACCAGCCCAAAGGAGGACAGGUUCUCAUCCCCAGUGUUAAGCUGGACUAUAGCCAUGUUCAGUCUAGGUGCGGGUCCUUGGACAGGCGGGGCCACGCAGCAGGAGGUGGAAACGUGAUGAUACAGACUAAGAAGAUCGACUUGAGCCACGUGACCUCCAAGUGUGGCUCUCUAGACAACAUCCAUCAUCGACCUGGGGGCGGUAACGUACGUAUAGAGACUGUGAAGUUGGACUUCAAAGACAAAGCCCAAGCCAAGGUGGGUUCCCUGGAUAAAGCUCUGCACUUUCCUGGUGGAGGCCGCAUCACGAUCGAGAGCCAAAGGCUGGCAUCACGCGACCAGGCAAAGGCCCGGCUGGACCACGGAGCUGACAUCAGCGUCCAGUCGCCAGGCCUGUCCGGCUCGGCGUCUCCCCACCGCCAGCGGGACAGCCACCUGUCCUCCUCCGGCAGCCUCAACAUGACGGAGUCGCCGCAGUUGACGACCUUGGCCGAGGAUGUCACUGCGGCUCUGGCUAAGCAGGGUUUGUGAACACUCGCCCUGUGCGUUCGUCCUCUGCACCCCCAGACAUCCUCGCCCCUGAUCCACUGAAACUUUUCUGCCCACUCCUGCCACCCUGAGGCCAAACUCGGCUGAGCCACGGCCUCUGAACGUCACCACUUCAAUAACCAACGUCUCAACUCCUGCGUAGACACUCGAAUUAGGGGCUUCUGUACUUUGGUCCUCUUUAUUUCUCGUCUAUUUUAAAGAGAUAUGUGUUAUUUCUGAUUCAUUUUGUUUGGCCUCUCACUCUUUUGACGAUGUUGCAUAGAAUAGUUCAGAUUGAGCACUGGUCCCAGAUAAGAUUGAGGACCAGAUACUUUGAAGAAGCUACAGCCUUGGCCAGCACACCAUGCAGCACGUGUUGUUCUUGCUCCGUAACCGUGCAUGGACGCCAAAACCCCCCGAACAUACCAAGCAUCCUUACUGCAAGUCAUUCUUGUCAUCCAAUAUAUAAUAUAUUUAACAAAUAUAUAGAGAAACAUGUAUAAAAAAUACAAGUUCUUUGCCAUCCUCAAUGUCCUUAACACAUUUUUAAAGGAAGUGACACUAUGGCUAUAAAAUAUGCCUGUAAAAUUGCAUUAUUGCAAGAACUAGGUCUAUGUUAUGACAAGCAUGUGUUGAUUCAAAUAUGAAAAGAGGCUAUUUUGUAAUUAAAAAAACCAAACAAUUUUAGUAAUUAUUUCCUCAAUUAUUGGAUAAAAAUGAAACAAGUUCAUGUUUUGUAGUUAUUAGUUGUUUAUGGUGUAAUGCUUGGUGACAGUGUCAGACAGCUGAUGUGGUGUUGCUAAGGAACGCAUCUCCGUCCUGUUGAAGAGCAGCAUACACUCGCACUGUACCUGCUCAGUAGAUCAUCAUAGAAUCCUGUUUUUCCACGUGAAAAACGAUAUUACACGGAGUUGGUUCCACAGGCCUCCAUCCAAAAAAGGAAAUAUUGUCUCUGUAGCCGCAGAGAAUCCGCUCACGUGAACAAACAGAGAGCAGGCGGAUGUUGCACUCAUCAGGACUGUGUGUCGGCCGAACAGCGGAGGAAGAUGCUACAGUUUGCAACCUGAGGUUUAGCAGAAGAGCAGCUACUCGGAAAUGUGCGUGUGUGCGUGCGUGUGUUCAGCGCAGAUCUCAUGUUGUUUUACAAUUGGAUGCUACUGUACGUGGAUGUUAAGUUUCAAUAGGUCGGAGAAGAAAUUGGAUUUCUUUUUUCAUUUUUUGAUCCAUUAAAAAAGAUGAAGAAAAUUAAAACGUCCGAGGGAACUUGUUCAACUUCCUUCACAUCUGUUAGGAAAAAAUGUUUGGGUGAUGUAGUUUUUCUUUUUUCAGACACCAUCUGUGGUAUAUCUUGCCUCCUGCCUAAUUACUGCCCUCACUGGCGACUGUUUGUUUGCUUCCGUGUUUUUUCUGCAUUCCCCAUCUCCGUGUGUCCCCGUCCCCGCCUCCUGCUCCACCAUACAGCAACUGUAAAUGUAUUUAAAAGGUCAAGUAGAUGUACGCAGUUUUUCUCUUGUUGAUAUGACACCAAUUACAAUAAGUAAUGACAAUAAAAAGGACAAAAAAUGA